CUUUUUCCUGAAUGAAAUAGUUAAGGCAGAGCAAAGUGAGAGGCAGGCAUAGAACAGAAGAUCUUUGUUCUCCGUCUUACAUUCUUUUCUAACACUUCAAGUGUAUUUUUUCCGCUCUGCAUUCCUGCCUAAACAGAACACAGAAAGAUGAAAUACAUCAUCGGAAUAGGGGGUGUGACCAAUGGUGGCAAAACCACUUUGACCAAUAGACUAAUCAAAGCACUUCCAAACUGUUGUGUUGUCCACCAAGAUGACUUUUUCAAGCCACAAGAUCAAAUACAAGUCGGGGAAGACGGCUUUAAGCAAUGGGAUGUAUUGGCUUCCCUGGAUAUGGAUGCAAUGGUGAGCACUGUGCACGCAUGGACUGAGAAUCCUAUGAAGUUUGCCCGAUCUCACGGAGUUAAUGUUCCUCCUGGCUCAAAGAAGCCGGAUUUGGAUGAUAUCCACAUUCUGAUUGUUGAAGGAUUCCUGCUUUACAACUACAGGCCACUGAUUGACUUGUUCGACAAACGCUACUACUUAGCAGUUCCAUAUGAAGAAUGUAAACGGAGGAGGAGUACACGUAAAUAUACAGUACCUGACCCUCCUGGCCUUUUUGAUGGGCAUGUCUGGCCCAUGUAUCUUAAGCAUCGGAAAGAAAUGGAGGCCAAUGACGUUGAUGUUGUUUAUCUCGAUGGUCUGAAGUCCAAAGAUGAUCUUUAUAUGCAAGUCUUUGAAGAUAUACAGAACAAGCUUUUAAAUUCUUCAUAGGAUCUGUGGGAAACUGAAAAACCAAUGUACAAACUUGGUGUAAAUACUAUUUUGGAUAUUAACAUGUAGCGUUUAAGUAUUUAAAAAGCCUUUCUUGAUACUGUCCUUUGGAAAAUAACUUUAUGUAUAUAGUUGAAAGUUAAGGUAAUUUAUUUACAACUCUGCCAUGGACAGUUUUUUUAUUUUCUUAUUUUAUAUUUAUGAAUGUAUUAAGGAUGAAUUUUUAUAAUGGAACACUUAGAUGAAGUUUGUACAAUACAAUUGUUUAUGCCUGUGUGUCAGUAGUAGCCUUUGUUUAAUUGCUUGUAUAACUCUUCCUUGUACACUCAGUAAAGAAACAUAUUCAUG